AUGGUCACUUCCUUCGUUUUCAUGUGGGUGCCAUGGUCUGAAGGAUCUUCAUUAGAGGGCAUACAUCUCAUAGUGUCUCUUUUCUUGUAUGAUGCUUUUUACAGUGCUAUUGGUGUGUCAUGGAGUGCACUAUUCGCGGAUUCUACCCGAGAACCAAGGAUGCGGGUUUCGGCGAUGAAAUACAGCCAGAUUAGCAUUCUUGCUUCGGUUAACAUCAUUGCCAUCACGGAAAAGCUGAGCCACAGCCUCGAGAUUUUCUGGGCUUUCCAACUAAUAACCGUUGUCGUCGCAUUCGUUGCUCUUUUCUGUUUUAUGGUUGCGGGGUCGCUCAGACCAAGUCUUCCCUAUAGCGUUGAGAAAGAAAGUCUGCUCGUGGACGGUGAAAAUGUUGAGGUCGCAGGACAAUCUGCUCCGAAAGGAAAGGAGGUCGGAUCGAUGUCGGUCGCAAUGAAGGAGAUUUUCUUUGAAAGAGAUUUCAUUGCCAUUAUCGCAACAAAUUUCAUUCAUACUGCUAGAAGUGUUGCGCAUAUGAAUUUCGCUUCGACGGCAACUGAACUGCUCAUUCCUCAGACCAUUCUUCCAAAAGGCUCGUUUCGAUUGAGCUUGUUCUAUGGCGCUGCCACACUUGGACCUCAGGUGUUUAUUUUUCAUCAAUUCUUCUUAAUACUGAGUGAGCGUGUUGUUGUCAAGAAUGGCGCAUAUCGGAUACUGAUGGCGAGCUACGCUGUUUCUGUCCUUUCUGGUGUAGUGUUCUUUUUCAUAGAUAAUCCGUAUCUCGUCAUGGUUUUCAUGCUUAUUGAUAGCGUCACAGUUCAUUCUUCUGCACCUCUGUUUAAUAUAGUCAUUUCGGAUUUCAUUGAUGACGAUGCGAAGAGGCACUCUCGGAGGUCCGCGCUGUCUUCUCUUGUCUUUAGCUUGAAUGCUCUAUUCGUCAAACCUGCUCAAUCGAUUGCGCCAGUCAUUGUUGUGUACAUAUUAAACAACUACGGGUACAGUGUGAGUUUCACAUCGAAACAAGAGCGAGACUUACUUCGCCAUUCUUUCGAUUUAUUGGGCGGUUUCUUUCGUGGAUCGAAA